UGGGCUCAAGUCCAGCCGGAACUGCAUAGCGAGACCCUGUCUCAAAAAGGCAACAAAACAAAACAAAACCAAACAAGGAAAUAGAUAGGAGGCAACUGCAGUACUGGAGACAAAAAAUUUACAGUGAGCUGAACUGGAACUUGGCAUUGAAGAUGGACAGUAGUAUUAAGAAACCAAGACUUAAAGCAAUUGGAUGAAUGCUGAAAGAAAUCGAAGAUAAGCCCCUGAUCAAAGAUAGGCCCCAGGCAUCUAUCUUGGACAGCUGGAUGGACGGUGAUAUCUGUCAUUCCAACCCUAAGGACAGCAUCACCUAGGUCUCCAGUGUGAGCAAGAAGCCUGCUGUACUUUGUGAGACCAGCUACUGUGGUCAUCAUGCUUUUUGGUGACAUCAGUGAAUGCACCUGUCUUCACAAAGGCGUAUGGUGUGAGGGCAGUUAGCUGAGAUGCCACCCUUUAGUGCUACCUUAUAGGCUUUGCCUCUGCCUGUGAGAGGGCAGGUGGGUUGUGGCUCCCGGAUCAUGGCCACGUGGCUUUGGGGACCUGAGUGAUCUACCUACUUUUCUUUGCUUGGAUACCUGGGCAGACCAUGCUUGGUGACAUCUUCCGUAAUCAUGGAACAACAACAUAUGGAUUUUUUUCAGUAUCUCAUGAACUUCUCAGACAAGUCAGCCUACUCAUCAAAUUAUUGCUCUUCAGAGGAGAAACAGUACCUUGUCCGUUUCCUCACAAACCCACACUAUGGAAGCCUCAUUAAUGCAGAUGGCCAUGCUGAAGUGUGGACAGAUUGGAAUGAUAUGUCCAAGUUUUUCCAGUAUGGAUGGAGAUGUACCACUAAUGAGAAUUCCUAUUCUAACCGAACUCUGAUGGGUAACUGGAACCAGGAAAGAUAUGACCUACAGAAUAUUGUGCAGCCCAAACCCUUGCCUUCCCAGUUCCAACACUACUUUGAAACAAUAUAUGAUACAAGCUACAACAGCAAAGCGCCACUUUCAACCCAUAGAUUUAAGCGAGAGCCUCAUUGGUUCCCAGGACAUCAACCUGAACUGGAUCCUCCUCGAUGUAAAUGCACAGAAAAGUCAUCUUAUAUGACUAGCUAUUCAAAGCCUCAAAUGAAGCAUCACUUCUGCUGUGCAUGGGAUGCUAAUACUGAUCAAUCAUAGGAUCCGGGAUUCUAAGAAAGUAUAAGAAACUUCACCUUCCAGAGUACAAUGUAAGAAACAGCACAUUCUAAACACAAUUAAAAAUUUAGCUCAUUGUAACAUACUUUCACCCUCUGAAUAAAUCACAUGGCAUAAAAAAAA